CGCAGUGUGGGACGCAGAGGCAGUGCCCAGGGAGGGAGCAGUGCCCAGGAGGGGCGCAGUAUUCGAGAGUUGCUAGCUCCCGGGUAGAAGGAGCAGCGUGAGGGAAGAAGCUGCCCAGCAUGCAGGGACACGGAGAUCAGUGCCCAGAAAGAAAGACCAGUGUGGGGGAGCGGGAGGUACCAAGUCGAUGGGACAGUGUAGGCUUUUCUCUUCCCCAUCGUGACAUCAUGGCAAAUUCCCAAACCGGACCGACCCAGCUCGAGUGACGUCUAGCAGGGCUGGGCCGGCCUGGACCGGCCCGGGGGCCUUGCUGCCAGCUGGAGGGUCUGGGCACCAUGCCCUACGGAUCAGCGCUGUGGGGGCGGAGUUCUGCGCCACCCGCCCCCCGGCGCGGACUGUGCCCUACGCGGGCACGCAGGCAGGCAGGGUAGGGCUAGGGCUGGGCUUCUACGGGCCAAGGAUCAAGGUCCUUGCCUGGGUAAGGCCCCCACGCAUUCCAGUGUUCGGAACCCGGACUCUGCAGAGGGGGCAGUAGAGCCCCACAGCAGAGCCCGGCAACUCGCGCCACCUCCGUGAGAGGUGGGGCCCGAGACAUCCCCGCCCUGGGCGGAGUCAUCAGGACCCGAGAUCCACCUUCAACGCGCCAGCUUCCCCGGAGCACUCUGUAGGGGCGGAAGUGAAGAAGCCCCGAGAGGAAGGCGGCGACGGAAGUGGCUGCACUACUGGCAGUCGGUGCGCAUGCGGCCUUCUUUCUCCUCGCUGCUGCUCUUCGGCUCCUGUUUCUCCCGCUUUUCUCCAAGCGAGGGUUCGUGUCCGGCGCUACUGCUGCAGCCCUCGUGGCCCCCUCACGAUGGCGGGCAUCCUGUUUGAGGAUAUUUUUGAUGUGAAAGACAUUGACCCGGAAGGCAAGAAGUUUGACCGAGUAUCUCGACUGCAUUGUGAGAGUGAAUCUUUCAAGAUGGACCUCAUCUUAGAUGUGAACAUUCAGAUUUACCCUGUAGACUUGGGUGACAAGUUCCGAUUGGUUAUAGCUAGUACCUUGUAUGAAGAUGGUACGCUUGAUGAUGGUGAAUACAACCCCACAGAUGACAGGCCUUCCAGGGCUGACCAGUUUGAGUAUGUAAUGUAUGGGAAAGUGUACAGGAUUGAGGGGGAUGAAACAUCUACUGAAGCAGCAACACGCCUCUCUGCCUACGUUUCCUACGGGGGCCUGCUCAUGAGGCUGCAGGGUGAUGCCAACAACCUGCACGGCUUUGAGGUGGAUUCCAGAGUUUAUCUGCUAAUGAAGAAACUGGCCUUCUGAAGCUGGUGGGAAGCCAGCUUUGCUGCUGGGUCGCUCGGGUCCUGGACAUUCAAGCCCGAGGAGAAGUUGCUGUGGUCCCUGUUGAGGAGGGACUGGCUUUCUCUGCUGUGGUGCAUCUUCAGCAAGCCUGGACUCAGGAAGACUUGACUUGCCAGUGAAAGACCCAGUGAGCGAGCUGAAGACGAAUCAGCAGUUGUUCUGUGUAUAUGUUUUUUUAAAUUAAAACCUCACUUUUUCAGACUUCUA